AUGCCAAAAAAGAAGGAUAAGAAAAGCAGUGGAAAACAAGACGAGGACCAGAAAACACCGAAAAAGGAGACUCCUGCAGAUAAAAACGGUUCUGGCGACAAAGAGAGGGAUUUGUACCUGAUUCAGAUACGAUAUUUGAACGAGCAGUUGGAGAGAUAUCAGCUGAAAUCUGAUGAACUAGAGAGGCAGAAGAAGGACUUAAACUUACAGUACAAUGUACUGGAGAAAGAGAAAAAGAACAUUGUUGAGUUUCUGAAACGCUCCCUGUUGGAGAAGGAGGAUGAGGUGGAGGAGCUGUCGGAGCGCCUGGAGAGUCAGCAGCAGGCUGCCGAUAAGGACAGAGACGCCCUGCAGCUGCAGCACAGCCAGCUGAGGCAAGAGCUUCAAGUCCGGAUAGAAAAACUCACUGAGGAGAACACAACACUUGCGGCAAGACUGGCUAGUCUGGAGGAGUUUCAGAAGCAGAAGGAGCAGGUGAUGUCCAACAUGGAGUCUCUGGAGAAGCAGCUGGCCAAUCAGAAGGAGGAGCACAAAGCUGACAUCCACAACCUGGAGAUGAAAGCACUGCUGGAAAAGAGGAGAUUGGAGACAGAGAUGGAGAGCCACGUGGCGGCCAUGGCAGCAGAGGUGCAGCACCUGGUGAACCAGAAGGUCCCCGAGACGACCAGGUUGGCCCUUCAGGAGAACACAGAGGUGAAGGCUCAGUUCAACCAGCUGUCAGAGCAGACUCAGGUCCUGAUGAAGGAGAACUCUGCCCUGCAGGACCGUAAAAGUCAACUCAGCGUGGACGUGGACAUCCUGGAGCAAAUGCUCAGCGAGCUGUCCCGCAAGAGUUGCAUCCGCAAGAAGGUGGUUGAGCAGCUGACAGAGAAGUGUCAGCAGCUGCAGGCGGAGCUGAAGGUCUGCAGGCAGGAGCAUCAGCAGCUUCAGACUGAGCACAAAGGCAUCCUGGCUGAGAUGGAGGCACUGAGACAGGACCGGUCCUCACUGUCUGCACAGUGCAGUACAAACAGAGCUGAGGUGAGUCAGCUGGAGGCAGAGCUACAGGAGGAGAGGAGGAGGAGCAACAGGAUGAAGAGCAUCAUACAGGAAGCAGUUAUCGCUCUCAGACAAGCCCUGAUGGCACCUACCGAGCAGGACUCGGAGGCGGACUUCAGUGUUGUCAGGUGGAAGCAGCUGAUGCAGAGGCUGCUGGUGGUCUUGGACAGACCCAUACUCACCCACUCCUCUGCUGAGAAACUGAAUGAGCUGCAGACCCCUGACCCUGCAGCAGCAAGAGCAGUGACUCUGGAUCCAGCUUUGAGCUUCCACUUUCAGACAACCCGCAACAGGCCGGGAGAUCUCAGCUUUGUAUCCCCUCCUGCAUCAAAACAGAAACAUGUUCUCUCCAGGACAGGAGCUGGAUCCAUCCUGCCUCUGCACAGGAAAACCUUCAGUCAGAAGACGAGCAGCUCCAUCAACCUGACGGAUUCAGCUGUCAGAUUUUUGACCUCCAAACACUCAGCCACCAAACUCAAAUGA